CUUAGCGUGCGAGUUCCUGCGAGUUCGGGCGUUGUAGGUGGAAAAAGUGAAGCCUGACUGGAGGACACACACCCCGUUUCGGGUACCCCAGAUUUGAUUCGCCAACGUGCGGGUAUCUUGCCCUCUUACUACACGGGACUAGGGCAACGGAGACUCGGAUUCUACCCUGGAAGAGAAAGGCCGGGAGCACGAAGAUGACUGCAUUUUUGUGAGAUUAUAAAUGUACCAUGGAAGUUAACAAAACUAACUCAAGAAGAAUGGAAGAAGGCCAACUGGAAGCCUCAAAUCUUCCUCCAAAGGCUUGGCAUUCUGAGGUGACAGUGUCAGUGACAGGUGAACCACCUACUGUAGAAAAAGAAGAAACAGCCAAAGAAACAGACAUAGAAAUCAUCCCGGAAGUCACAGAGCCACUCUCCAUUCUAGAUGUGCUGAGGAUUUCCGCAGUUCUGGAGGAUACCACAGACCAGCUCUCUAUUCUCAAGUACAUCAUGCCAGCUCAGUAUGAAAUAAAACAAAGCACCAGCAUGAAGAAAAUCAAAGAAAUGAAUUUAGAAGAAAAAAGCUUGGACAAAUUUCCAGCAGUCUCGGGAACCUCAAAAAUACCCAGUGCAUUCUUACCUAAAGAAGAACCCAAGUUGCCAGAAAUCAGACAGGGAGGCCAAUUUGCCAACAGCUUUAACAAAAUGCAAGAUGUUUUGUUAAAAAGUCCUGCAAGAGAGACUAGAAUGACUAUGGAGACACUGAAGAAAAUUCAGAUUGAUAGGCAAUUUUUCAGUGAUGUGAUUGCAGAUACCAUGGAAGAGUUGCAAAAUUCAGGCACUUUCACAAGUCUCCUAAAAGCUUUAAGCAAGGAGAGGGAAAACAAAAUGCAUUUCUAUGAUAUCAUUGCCAGAAAUCUGAUCUUACCUCUACAGAGUCAGAAUGAAUAUAUUGCUUACCUCAAGGACCAGUUGCAAGAGAUGAAGGCAAAAACCAACAUGGAGGAUCGUUAUAUGAAGAAAAAUACAGAGCUGCAGAUUUCCCAGACCCGGAAAAAAUGUAACAAAACAGAGGAGCUCUUGCUGGAAGAGAUUGAGAAACUAAGGUUGAAAAUGGAAGGAGAGAACCGGAUUCAUGUGGAGAUUGAAACGUUCCUCAGAAAGGAGCAGCAGAAACUUGAGGAGAAACUAGAGUUCUGGAUGGAGAAGUAUGAUAAAGAUACAGAAAUGAAACAGAAUGAACUGAAUGCUCUUAAAUCUGCUAAGGCCAGUGAUUUAGCACACCUUCAAGAACUCGCAAAGAUGCUAAGGGAGUGUGAACAAAUCAUCAUUGAAGACCGCAUGGAAAAGGAGAAAAGCAGAAAAAAGCUAGAACAGGAUAUCUUGGAAUUGAAGAGUGUCCUAAAGCUCCAGGCAUGGUGGCGAGGCACUGUGGUACGGAAGGAAAUUGGACGCUUCAGAAUGCCUAAGAAGGACGUAGAUGACAGCAAGGAUUCAAAAGGUAAAGGUAAAGCCAAGGACAAGAGGAGAAGCAAGAAGUAGCGACCCAGCAUCUUCUGUCUUCUCUGGUAUCCCAGAGGAGGACCUGAAGGAGUUAAGAAACAUCCUUUACCAUCAGAUAACUCACCUGCAGGCUGUUUUUAUUCGGACAUUCCCACAUGUGGCCUGGUGAUUUCACUUGGCCUGUUAUACUCAUUUUCAAACCCUGAAUUAGGAUUAUACCAUUGAUUUAGGGCUUUUUCAGAUUUCGAAAAAAUUUUGCUGAAAAGAAAUAUUUCUAGGAGCCUUGUGAAGAUUCCUCUUGCUCUCUCUUACCAGGAAAAAGUUCAUGGGCGUGGCUACAGUGAUGCAUUAAAACUUCAGUCAUUCCUGUAAAACAUCUGAUUCUGAUUUUAUUCAAUUGGUCUAUAGUGAAAAACCUCUUAUGAACAAAAGUGUUCAACAGGAAUUACAAGAUGUUUAUCAAGUGUCUAGCAUAAUAUAUACACAGUGAAGUUUUAACAUUAUUGCUUUAGUUUUUAGAUAAUCACUUUAGUUUUUAUUGGGGGGGUGGUAGCUGGAAUAUAUAUCUUAUUAUAUAACCUUAUUUUAUAUAUGAUAUAUAUAAUGUUAUAUAUACAUAUCUUAUUAUGUUACUUCAGCUCCUUUUCUGGGAAACAGGUAGGAAUAUAAAUUAUAAAUACAAGAUAGAAAUGAGAUGUUAGGCUAACCCACACAUAGUAAAGAUGGGGGACACAGCUCCACAGGAAGAC